UCAUAAAAUUCCUUAAAAGUUAAACCCAGCUGAUGCUUGCGGUUUGAAGAUUUUUGUGUUAAAACACAGCGUACACUACAAUAAAUAUAACAAAAUAGUAUUUUAACUGGUGACAACUUAAUUCUAUACAUUACCACCAUGGGGCAAAUUAUGGGAGGAUAUCAUGCUCGCUCUGUGGACCUGAAUUCAGACGAUAAUCCUACUUUUGACCCUCAAGCUGGAUUUCAAUACGAAAGAAAACAACGAGAAAUGAUUGCUAAGGAAGAAGAUCUUAUUUCGGCUCGUAUACCCAAUAAAUAUAGAGACUACUGUGCUCACUAUUUACUGGACUAUCAAGUUUGUCGCUAUAAAGAAAUGCCGCUUCUUUAUCGAUGCGCCCAUGAGAAACACAAUUAUUUGAAUUGCGAACAACAAGAUUACGUUUUACGUAUGAAGGAAUUUGAACGGGAACGUCGCCUUAGAGUACGGGAAAAUCGGAUCAGUGCUACUGCCUAAAUAAUUGAAGACAAGUGUAGUUAAUAUUGUUAAAUAUGUAAAUAAAAUCGAUCAGAUUUC